ACUAAUUUCGACCUACCAUGAUAUUUUAAUGUUCUAUGAAUUUGAUCAAUUCUGAAAAUCUCAGUUUAAUAUGCCGCAAAUUGACCAACUCCAAUCACUUAAUUGCAACAGUUUGUCUAAGUAUAUUAGUUGAUUUGUGUGGGCGUAUACUUUUCAAGUUCAUGACUUGGUAUAAUUUGACAAAAACGCAUGAAGCAACCACAAAUUUGUAUUCAUAACCCCCAUUAAUCAUUUAUUUUUCAGCAGACCAUUUUUGUUAUUCACAUUCAUGUGUAUAAUAACUCUCUCCAAGAUCUUACAAAUUAGACAGAAUGAGACACACAAUGUUAAUAAUACCUUGUUGGAGGCAGCUUUUCUUCAUUUCUCACAUCCUCACAAGCCUUGUUGGUGUCAUCAUUUCUCAGCCUGAUUUCUUAUAUCAAGUAUGUUCAGGCAGUGGAAACUACACCAGCAAUAGCAUAUACAAGGCAAACCUUGACAGCCUCCUCUCCUCGCUCGCUUCCGAUACCGACAUCGCCUAUGGCUUCUACAAUUCCUCCUAUGGCGAAAACUCUGACAGAGUAAAUGCAAUUGCACUUUGUAGAGGAGAUGUUGAGCUCCAUAUCUGUCGUAGUUGUGUCAAUGACUCUACUGCCAAACUCACACAACUUUGUCCCAACCAAAAGGAGGCAAUUGGAUGGUAUGACAAUUGUAUGUUGCGUUAUUCCAACCGCUCUAUAUCCCAUAACAUGGAAUAUCUUCCUGCUUUUUAUAUGUGGAACCAAAACAAUGUUUCUAAUGUGGAUCAGUUCAAUCAGUCGUUGAGAACGUUGUUGGACAGCCUAAAAGGCCAAGCUGCAUCUGGUGGCUCUGCUCGCAAGUUUGCCACCGGGAACAGGACUGGACCGGAUUUCCAAACAGUAUAUGCGCUUGUGCAGUGCACCCCUGAUUUAUCUGACCUGCAAUGCAUCAAUUGCCUAGAUGAGGCUGCUGGAGACAUUCCGGUAUGUUGCAAUGGAAAAAGGGGAGGGAGAGUUGUUGCAGCCAGCUGCAAUCUUAGAUUUGAGGUCAACCGUUUCUACAAUGACACCAUCAUUGAUGCACCAUCACCACCACCAAUACCAACAUCACCGCCACUAUCACCACCACCGCCACCAGGAAAGGACAGUAACACAGCUCGAACUGUCAUCAUUAUCGUUGUCCCAACGGUUAUCAUCUUUGUGCUAGUUAUCAUUGGCAUUUGCAUCUAUUUGAGAAAGAGGGAGCAGAGGAAGCCAACUGAGGAAGCUGAGGUUUUUUCUGAAGAUAUGGAUGAAAUUAGAAGUGUGGAAUCGUUGCAAUAUGACUUUGAAACUGUUAGAGUUGCAACAGAUAACUUCUCUGAUAGUAACAAGCUCGGACAAGGUGGAUUCGGUGCUGUUUAUAAGGGUAGGUUUUCGAAUGGAGAAGAAAUAGCUGUGAAGAGGCUGUCCCGGGAUUCUGGACAAGGCGAACAAGAAUUUAAGAAUGAGGUGAUGCUAGUGGCCAAGCUUCAACACAGGAAUUUGGUUAGGCUCCUUGGUUUCUGCCUCAGUGGAACAGAAAGGCUACUUGUCUACGAGUUCAUGCCCAAUUCAAGCCUCGAUCAUUUCAUAUUUGAUCCCUUAAAGCGUGCACAUUUGGAUUGGGAUAGGCGUUACAAGAUCAUAGGAGGCAUUUCUCGGGGACUCCUUUAUCUUCAUGAAGAUUCUAGGCUUCGGAUUAUUCAUCGUGAUCUCAAAACUAGCAACGUUCUGCUAGAUACAGAGAUGAAUCCUAAAAUUUCAGAUUUUGGCAUGGCAAGAUUGUUUGCACCGGAUGAAACUCAAGGCAACACAAGUAGAAUUGUUGGGACCUAUGGUUAUAUGGCUCCAGAGUAUGCAAUGCAUGGGCAUUUCUCAAUCAAGUCAGAUGUCUUCAGCUUUGGCGUGUUAGUUCUGGAAAUCAUAACUGGUCAGAGGAAUAACUGUUUCCGAAAUGGGGAGAAUGUAGAGGACCUUCUAAGCUAUGCUUGGAAAAACUGGAGGGACGGAACAGCUUCAAAUCUGAUAGAUUCCACUUUGAGAGCUGUUUCAAGUUCAAUGGGUGAAAUAAUGAGAUGCAUCCACAUUGGGUUGCUGUGUGUUCAAGAAAACGAAGCCGACAGACCAACCAUGGCUUCAGUUGUUCUAAUGCUUAGUAGUUUCUCUCUCACUCUCUCAGUACCUUCAGAGCCUGCAUUUUUUAUGCACAGUCGCGACAAUCCAGAAAUGCCAUUGCUGAGAGAAUAUGAUUCAGGUGUGACUGAUUCCAGUCAAUCAAAGAGUAUAUCUACCAGUCUGUCAGCAAAUCAAGCUUCAAUUACUGACUUAUAUCCUCGAUAGUGUUUGAGGAUGAUAUUAUUGCAAGAAGCAUUUAUGUUUGUGUGAUUUCUUUUACACUGUUUGUUAAUAUUUGGUACCAAAAUAUAUGCCAUAAGCAUGUUUGUGAGAACUUUGCUAUUCCAGUGAGGAAUACCAAAAAAGUACAGAAAGAUAAUCCUGUCUCAAAGCUGGAAGAGUCAUUACUAUAGCAUUUUAACAUGAGUAAUGGCUUUUCUAUAUAUCUUCUUCUUAGGUCCAUCAAUCUCACCACUAAUUUCGACCUAUCAUAGUAUGUUAAUGUUCUUUAUAUUUCUAAUAAAGUUGAUCAAUUCUGAAUAUCUCAGUUUUAUCCGUUGGUUUAUUAAACUUGCCGCAAAUUGACCUACUCCAUUGACUUAAUUACAACAUUUUAUUUAAUGAUA